AUGGUAAGAAGGCGGCCUCUGCCGCCUCCAGGCGUCGGAAGGAAAUGCCUGGAACAAGUCGAGUCAGAGCACCUGGCCGGGGGCACCUGGGCCCUGGCCAGCCUCUGGUCCCUCCUGGUUGCCCUGAUGUGCCUCGCCUGGGCAGAUGCCAGGCGACCGGGCUGCUUCAGCACGGAGGAGCUGCAGGACGGUGAAAUGCCCGUGCAGUUCCGGAGCUGGACCUCUUCGUGGAAGCGCCACGACUCCGUGCAGCUCGUCCCGUUCCUGGAGAACGAGCAAAACAGCCAGAGCCGCCCACGGAGGCAUCACAGCCACGGCUGCCCUAACCUGAAGCUCCAGGAUGUGCAGAAUGGCGAAGUCCACGAGCGAUCCAUCUCGCCCUGGGAAUACCACAUCAAUAAAGAUGAGGACCGCUACCCCUCCAAGCUGGCCUUCGCCAAGUGCCUCUGCAAAGGUUGCAUCGAUGCCAAGACGGGGCGGGAGACCACCUCCCUCAACUCGGUGGAAGUUCUCCAGAGCAUGAUGGUGCUUCGCCGCAAGGCCUGCACGCACAGCGGCAGCGGGGCCGGGUUCUUCUUCGAGGAGGAGUACAUCAACGUCCCAGUGGCCUGUACCUGUGUUGUCCCGCGUUACAGCAGCUGA